AUGGCAGAGGCUCAUCAGGCUGUGGCGUUCCAGUUCACGAUAACACCGGAAGGCAUCGACCUGCGUCUUUCCUAUCAGGCCCUCAACCAGAUCUACCUGUCAGGAGUGCGAUCAUGGAAAAAGCGUGUCAGCCGCUUAAAGAACCGGAUGAUCAAGGGAGUGUACCCAGCCAGCCUUUCAUCCUGGCUCUUCGUCGCCAUCGCCAUCCUGGCCACAAUGUAUAUGCGCUCUGAUCCCAGCAUGGGGCUCAUUGGCAAAAUACAGCAACACCUUCCCCUCAGCCUGCACGUGUCUCUCAGCGCUCAAGGUCAGACCAUGCUAUCUGCGCUGGUCUUCAGCACGCUGCUGUGGCUCUCCCUCAUCCUGGCUCUCAGGUUCUGCCUCAAGCUGCUUCUCUCCUACCACCAAUGGAUAUUUGAGCAGCACGGUCGAGUUUCCAACACCACUAAAAUCUGGGGGACUCUACUGGGGCUCUUAUCAAGCAGGAAGCCUCUACUGUACAGCUACCAAACGUCUCUACCUCAUCUCCCUGUUCCUGCCAUAAAGGACACCCUGAGCAGGCACUUGGAGUCCGUGCGCCCUCUCUUGACUGAUGUCGAUUUUAAACGGAUGACAAAGUUAGCCUCCGAGUUUGAGCGCAGCCUGGGAAACCGCCUCCAGCGCUACUUGAAACUUAAAGCUCUAUGGGCUACUAACUAUGUGAGUGACUGGUGGGAGGAAUACAUUUACCUGCGGGGCCGAGGCCCCCUAAUGGUCAACAGUAACUACUAUGGCAUGGACUUCCUGUAUGUGACCCCGACUUCUGUGCAAGCUGCCAGGGCCGGCAACACAAUCAGUGCUAUGCUGCUGUACCGCAGGAAGGUCAACCGGGAGGAGCUCAAACCGAGCCGUGUUCCUGGUACUUUAAUCCCUCUGUGUGCUGCCCAAUAUGAGAGGAUGUUCAACACAACACGCACUCCAGGAAUUGAGACAGAUGUUCUCCAGCACUGGAUAGACAGUGAGUGUGUUGCUGUGUACCACAAGGGACGUUACUUCCGCUUGUGGGUGUACCGGGCCGGCCGCCUCCUCUCCCCUCGGGAGAUCGAGUUCCAGAUUCAGAAGAUCCUGGAUGAUCCCUCACCCCCACAACCUGGGGAGGAAUAUCUAGGAGCUCUCACAGCCGGGGACAGGAUUCCUUGGUCUCAGAUAAGGAAGCAAUACUUCAGCACCGGGGUCAACAAGCGGUCGUUGGAUGCCAUCGAGAAGGCCGCCUUCUUCGUAACUCUGGAUGAUGAAGAGCAGGGCAUGAGGGAAACUGACCCAGAAGGAAACUUGGAUCGCUAUGCCAAGUCGCUGCUCCAUGGCAAAUGUUACGACAGAUGGUAUGAUAAAUCAUUUUCUGUUGUGAUCUACAAGAAUGGGAAGAACGGACUUAACGCUGAGCACUCCUGGGCUGAUGCACCAACUAUUGCUCAUCUUUGGGAGUACACAUUAGCUACAGAUGUGUUCCAUCUGGGAUACACAGAGGAUGGACAUUGUAAGGGUGAAGUGGACCGCUCACUACCCCAACCACAGAGGCUCAUCUGGGACAUCUCGCCGGAGGUUCAGGCCCAAGUGUGCAGCUCCCUUGCUGUUGCCCAGGCACUGGCCAAUGAUGUUGACUGCCACGUCUUCCCCUUCAGAGACUUUGGAAAAGGCCACAUAAAGAAGCUUCGUGUCAGCCCUGAUGCAUUCAUUCAAAUCGCCUUACAGCUGGCCUACUACAGGGACCGUGGAGGUUUCUGUCUGACUUACGAAGCAUCAAUGACUCGUCUUUUCCGGGAAGGACGCACAGAGACUGUGCGAUCCUGCUCCAAUGAGAGCAGUGCCUUUGUCAGAGCUUUGGAGAAUUCAGAGACAGCAGAACACUGUUGCCGCCUCUUCAGACUGGCUUCAGAGAGGCACCAGAAUCUUUAUCGCCUGGCAAUGACUGGAGCAGGAAUUGACCGACACCUCUUCUGCCUUUAUGUCGUCUCUAAAUAUUUGGGAGUGGAGUCACCCUUCCUCAAAGAGGUUUUGUCAGAGCCUUGGCGCCUCUCCACCAGUCAGACACCAGUUCAGCAGUUGGAAUUGUUUGACCUGAAGAACAACCCUGAAUUCGUAUCGCUUGGCGGAGGCUUUGGACCAGUUGCUGAUGAUGGUUACGGCGUUUCUUAUAUCAUCGUGGGCGAGGACAUGAUCAACUUCCACGUGUCGUCCAAGUACUCCUGUAGUGAGACUGAUUCCCACAGAUUUGGUGCUCAGAUAAAGAAAGCCUUCCAAGACCUCAUGACUCUCCUCUCUGCUGACACCAAAACCCCUCCGUCGUCCAAAGCCGAGCCUCUGUCCAAGAAAGCCCUUUAAAGGCUCUGUGGAUAUUCUCCACGGCGCAAAGUGAAAGUAAGACUGUACUUUAAUGGCCAUCUUUGUUUACGCUCCCCUUUCUUCACAAGUUAAUGAAGCUACAUUUUGGCAAUCGAUCCCUGUGCUGUUUUAGCUCAGGAAAACUACCUUUUUUUUUAACACAGAAUUAGGUUCACCUGCACAAGCUAACUGGUUAGCUCCAUAAGACGGGGCAAAAAUGACCAACAGCCCUCGGGUAGGGAUAUAACGUGAAACGCUAUAGUGAUAAACCACGGUAAAACUCUUCACGGUGAGUAUUACCGUUUUAAAUGAAAAUCGUCGUAAAAUCGUGAUUGAUAACACUGAUGAAAUGACAGACCAGUGAUACUGCUCAUUUACUGAAUAAGCUCGCUAGCGCUAAAAUGCUAACAGGAAAACAAUUAGGAAAAUACAAUCUAAAUACCGUAUUUUUCGGACUAUAAGUCGCAGUUUUUUUCAUAGUUUGGCCGGGGGUGCGACUUAUACUCAGGAGCGACUUAUGUGUGAAAUUAUUAACACAUUUUGAUUUUGAAGCUUAUUUUGCAAUAAACAGGAAGUCACUGUGUGCGUGUAAUAAUAAUAAUAAUAAUACAUUUUAUUUAUAAGGCGCCUUUCUGGGCACUCAAGGACACCGUACAAAAUCAAAACAAUAAAAUCAAAUUGGAUAAAAACAACAAUAAUAACAACAACAAAGAUAGAGAAGAAAAGAUGAUUACAAUGAAUAAGCAGUCAGGAAUAGGUGUGUUUUGAGUCUUGAUUUGAAGAGGGAUAUUGAGUCUAAGUUACGAAGGUCUGGUGGCAAAGAGUUCCAAAGAUACACAGCAUUAUGCAAUGGCAUAAUGCUGUGUACCGUAUUUUUCGGACUAUAAGUCGCAGUUUUUUUCAUAGUUUGGCCGGGGGUGCGACUUAUACUCAGGAGCGACUUAUGUGUGAAAUUAUUAACACAUUACCGUAAAAUAUCAAAUAAUAUUAUUUAGCUCAUUCACGUAAGAGACUAGACCAGGGGUCGGCAACCUUUACCAGUCAAAGAGCCAUUUUGACCAGUUUCACAAAUUAUAGACAACAAUGGGAGCCGCAAAAAAUUUUUGAAAUUUUAAAUGACAUAACACUGCAUACAAAGUUUUUUUUUUUUAUUUGUGCUAUGUAUAAACCAGGGGUCUCAGACACGCUGCUCACACCUUUAUAUGAAAUAUGAAAGCUGGUGCGGCCCGCGGGCUUUAAUUGAAUGACGCUUGUCAACGUCAUGCGUGCCGUGUUGGUACAGCAUAUAGCACCCACGACAACCAGCGUGCCUGAUCAGCCACAUGUAGUAUGGGGCUUCCGCUUGCUCAAGUAGGUGACAGCAAUGCAUAC